GCGGGUCGGUGAGGAGGCGACAUGUCGGACCGGGAACGUUAACGUGCUUCUUUUUCUCCUUCCUACCAGCUGUUUAUUGUCAGACAGCAGCUUCACCGGAGCUGCCUGACAAAGAUUCACUGAAGCUCUACCAUGCCUGUGGCCUCCACCAGGACAGAACCUGUGCCCCAGGUGUUGGACGCCAUGAGCGACAGCACCACCAGCACCACCACUGCCAACGACCUGGACCUCAUCUACCUCAAAGGCAUCAUGGAGAGCCCUCUGGAGCAAGAGGAGAGCCUGAAGGAGCCACGACUGUCGCCUGUGAGGGAGAACAACGUGGAGCUCCUGCAGGAGAUCCUCAGAGACCUGGACCCGUUCACACAUCGCUCCGACACUGCUGCCGAGCUCUCCCACAUACUCACACAGCCUCACUUCCAGUCUCUGCUGGAGACUCAUGACUCGGUGGCGUCCCAGGCGUGUGACAGCGCACCGCCCAGCCCGUGUGAUUUUGUGGAUCAUGAACCAGAUGAGAGCCACACACACAACCUGCAGCUGCCGCCGGACGCAAUCCGCAUGGUGGGAAUACGCAAAGUGGCAGGAGAGCAUCUGGGUGUGACGUUUAAGGUGGAUGGUGGAGAGCUGGUCAUAGCCCGCAUCCUCCAUGGUGGGAUGAUCGACCAGCAAGGACUGCUGCACGUCGGAGAUAUCAUCAAAGAGGUGAAUGGACGAGAGGUGGGCCAGGACCCCAGAGUGCUGCAGGAGGAGCUGCAGGCAGCCAGUGGAAGUGUUGUUCUGAAGAUCCUGCCCAGCUACCAUGAAGCCAUUCCUCCAAGACAGGUGUUCUUUAAGUGUCACUAUGACUACGACCCAGCCAAUGACAACCUGAUUCCCUGUAAGGAGGCGGGACUAAGGUUUGAGACGGGAGACAUCCUGCAGAUAGUCAACCAGGACGACGUCAACUGGUGGCAGGCCCGUCAUGUGGAAGGUGGCAGUGCUGGGCUGAUCCCCAGUCAGAUGCUGGAGGAGAAAAGGAAAGCUUUUGUGAAGAGAGACGUGGAGCUGGCGCCUGCAGGGAAUCUUUGUACUGGUGUUGGAGGGAAGAAGAAGAAGAAGAUGAUGUAUGUGACCACUAAAAAUGCAGAGUUUGACAGACAUGAGAUACUGCUCUACGAGGAGGUGGCCAAGGUCCCACCUUUCAAGAGGAAAACUCUGAUUUUGAUCGGUGCCCAGGGUGUGGGGCGGCGGAGAUUGAAAACCAAACUUCUACUGAGGGAUCCACAGCUCUUUGGCACCACCAUUCCAUACACCUCCAGAAAACCCAAAAAAGGUGAACGUGAAAGUCGGAUGUACGCUUUCACCAGCCGCAGCAAGAUGGAGAGCGACAUCAAGAACGGACGCUACCUAGAACACGGAGAAUACGACGGCAGCCUUUACGGCCUGAAGAUGGACUCCAUUCAUGAGGUGGUGGAGGCGGGACGUGUCUGCAUUCUGGACGCCAACCCUCAGUCUCUCAAAGUGCUGCGGACGUCCGAGUUCUUGCCCUACGUGGUGUUCCUUCAGUCUCCAGAUUUUGAAGUGCUCAAGGCGAUGAACCAGUCAGCUGUAGAAGCAGGGGUGGUCCCUAAGACACUGACGGAUGAGGAGCUGCAGAAGACGUGUGAGGAGAGCGCUAAAAUCCAGGCGGCCUGCGGUCACUACUUUGACCUCAGCAUCAUCAACGACAACCUGGAUGAGACGUACCGCACCGUCAAAGCUGCACUGGAAACAGUUUCUAAAAACCCCCAGUGGGUCCCCGUCACCUGGGUGUUCUAGUGGGAGGUAGUGGAAGCUGCAGGAGAGAGAGAACGUAAGGAACGAGAAGGAAAACAGCAGCACUGAAAAUAGGCCUCUGUGUGAAUAAUGGAUACUCUUGUUAAGAUUGUCAUGAGUUUUCACAAGCAUUAGAUCUGAAUUUGGCAGUAUCUUAGCAUAGUUAAUAUAAUUUCUAGGUAAAGUAGCAACUUUUCAGGAUAAAUUACAAAAUAUUCCCUUGAAAGUGUGUCUUGGAAGAAAGUAGGCAUCCGUUAUUUAAACAGGAUUUGAUUUUUCAGUGCAGGAAAGAAGGAAUAAAAAGCAGGAAUGAAUAAUCCUGAGAGUCAGAAAUUUACAGACUAUUCAAACACAUGAAGGACUGUGUGUGUGGGAGUGUGUGUGUCCGUUUACAAAGUCUUUUGUACUUUUUUUUUUUUUUUAAAUUAUUUGUGCCAUUACUGAUGAUCAUCAGCAGACUUUGUCAUUGUUUACAUUUCACGAGCUACAUCAGCACUCAUGGUCACCCUACGAAGGGUAGUGCAGUUUAAUUUACCAUUAACAGAACAAACAGAUGUCUUACAACUGCUCAUUUGUUUGUCUGAUGGCCCAAAAGCCUAUAGCUAGUCAUUUAAAACAUUCUAAAAUUAAUGUCAAAUUAAUUAUUGUCAUUAAUUAAUUGACAAUCUAUUUUAAAACUUUUAGGACUAGCUUCAACACAGACAUAAUAUUAAAUACAAUAAAUCCAUCUUUUGCAGCAGUCUGUUGCAGUGUAAAGCACAAUAACACAUUUUAUCGUGUUAAAUUAGUAUUCGACAACCUAACAAACUAAACGUGACCAAGUGCCAACAACGACAAACAAACCUCAUAGUCCUUGUGUUUUGUGCCACUUUUCUAAGUGUAGAUGUCCCUCUAGUCUAGUAAUUAUUUAAUGUUCUCAGACAGUUGAAGAACACACCAAAAUAUACAGGAGAUGAGAAGACAAAAAGCUCAACAGUAUGCACAAUAAUCUGAUAUUAAGAGGAAGAAAAUGCGACAUCUAGAACCAUUUUGGGGGCCCAGUGGAGAAAAGCACAUAAGCAAACAUAGUCCUCUCAUCUAACAACCAGGCUGCACUGAAAGAUCAGAAAAAAUAUCCUUAUUAUUACCGCUGUCAGGUUUAUUCAAGUGUCAGUUUAUUUUAAACUAAUGUCUUUUGUUGUGGUGCUAGCAAGCGUAGUACUUACUAGUUUUGUUGAAUUAAACAGCUGGCCAACUACAACACCUACAUCCAGCUACAUUUAUCGGAUGCAAAACCUACAACAAUAAUAAGAAUUUCACUUUAGAAAAAGUCAUCAAAUUUCAAGUUGAAAAAAGGCCAUUUAGGUGGUUUUCUGUGCUAUUAGACAUAGUGGCCGGGUCAUUUUAAACCCAAAGACAACAUGAAGGUUAAUAGAAUAGAAGACUGCAGGUUCUACGUACGUAACACUAAAGCGACUCAAUCGAAGUACAUGCAGUUUUAUUUUAGUAAGAGAAUUGCGGAGAUUUAGCUACCAGUGUUCCACCAUGACACAGUCUUCUGUGACAGUAAAUGGUUUCCCAUGAGAGCUGACUUAUUGAAGACGUGCUGUCAUACUACUACUAGUGCUCCUUCAGCCUCUGGACAUGAAAUUAAGCCACGUCAGCGGCAAAUAUUGUGUUCGUUGUUAAAAACGGCUUUGUCAGCAUGUGGAAUAAUGUUUGCGGUACUCGCUUCAUGUUACUGACUAUUAAUAACCUCGCUAUCGGUUAAGAAAAUUGUUCAAAAUUUGCAUCUUUAGUCAAAAACUCGUGUCUUCUUUCUCCAGACUCAGAAUUUGUGACACUAAUAAAUUAUCUAUCUAUCUAUCUAUCUAUCUAUCUAUCUAUCUAUCUAUCUAUCUAUCUAUCUAUCUAUCUAUCUAUCUAUCUAUCUAUCUAUCUAUCUAUCUAUCUAUCUAUCUAUCUAUCUAUCUAUCUAUCUAAUCAUGGCAUCUUGACAGUGCUGUAGUUUCUGUACUGUAACAGUUUUUCUCAAACUUUCAACAUUUCAACACAUUUUUCUGAGCGUCACAAACCCUCUAAUAUUAAUUCAAAAUUAUGAUAAUUUGAUCCAUUCGGUCCGAUAAGAUUUGGCAUGUCUGGAAAAGCAGUGUGAUGAUUGUUGAAUGCAUUGAGCCAAAAGAGUCAGCUGACUACCAUGUGGGCAUCUGAGCACAAUGCUCUCUAUUGGUCAGAUACCACAUUCACACUAUAUUCAGUCCCUCCAGGAGUCUUUUUUCCAGAUUGUUGUGUCCUAUAAUUCCUGAAUUCUCAGCAGCUUUUCUAAAAACUUGUGAUGUUUUAAGCACAUUUGUUGUGAUGAGAUUGCGGGAGACAGUGACAGUUGCUAAAAAGUUGCAUUUUUUCAGCUUUUAGGACAUGUUUCAACCUUUUAAUUGACAAUGUUUCUUCCUAAACUAAUUCUUAACAAGCUGGCACACCACGGUGGGAGAUUAGCAGCAGCAGAUGCUGGUUUAACAUGAAGUGGUUGGUAGAUUUAAGCCACUAAAUGAUUAUUUACUAUUGAAUGAAACAUAUUUGGACAUAUUUGUCAAUGGCAUAAAGGGUUAUUUCACAUCCUGGCACACACGUGUUCACAUGCUCACGGCUCGUCACGUCAGUUGCUGAAUCUAACUUCCCUUCAUUGUUUCAGAGCUCCAACAGAUCUGGAUCAACAGCUUCCAUCACAGUGAUCUGUCUGCUCUGUUUCCGCUCAUUUCAGUCGUUCUAGGAAAGUGUUUGUCAGUCGAUGAUUUUUGUUUGUUUUCCACCACAAUAUUGCACGGGGUGUAAAACAGUUUACCUCCGUUUUGGUGGACAACAUCAGGGAAUUGUUUUCACGGUCUUUUGCAGUAAUUUUUUGCAGUCAGACAUGUCUGCAUCUUCAAACCAUAAACAAGGAAGUGAAUUCUGUGACGUACCUACAGUUAAGUAGCUGCUCAGAUUAAGCAAAUGCAAAUAAGUUGGAUACAUCUGUUGGAAAAAAACAGUCUCCAGUCAGGCGCUGAUCAUCAACACAAGUGCUCCAACCACUGAUGACCCCCAGUAUGGUUUAAAGAUGAAGCAUCACACAGUUUAACACCCCUGAAGAAUCAAACUCACAUUCAGUCACACACUCUUGGAUUUCAUCUCAUAAGAACUGGUAGUUCUGUUUCAUGCACGAACUCUCACUCUCAAUUUGCACUUUUCAUUUUGUACUAUUUAUGAUUUCAUGUAUUUAUUAGCUCGCUUGUAAACAGUUUGUAGAUAGCAUGUAGAUACAUGAUGAUAUAAUAGAUACUGAUAUAGUAGGUAUGAGAAUCCUGCUUAGUAUUUACAGUAUGUGACACUUUAGCGAUGUCGUUCAGAAUGUCUUUAGUAAAAACGUGUAUACGGUGGCCUGGGAGUGAAUCACAGCAACUUCAAAACACACGUUUAAAUCUGAAUUUUUUUUCUUCUUCUCAGAUGUUGUCUUGUGCACUCUGGGCCACCGUACACUGUCCACGGUGCCAACUGAGAACGCUCCUUGAGCAGAUUGUUUGUACUCAGAUGUUUUUUGGGGUUUUUUUGUGGCAGCUACAGAAUCCUUUUGAUGCACAAUGAACCGUUUAGUGAUAAACUGGUGUUUGUCAUACAUGAGUACUGAUGAAUAACCGACACCGAGGCGUAUUAGGGGAGAGAUUUUUAGUCCCUCAGUCUUUGUAAAAUGAUAUUUAUACUUGUGCUCUGGUUUUUCAAAGUGGCUUGAUAAUAGCAGACAUCUGUGUGGCAGCUAUCCUUGGAUCUCUUUCAUUUGGAGUGUUGGGGUAAAACCUACCAUCAUUGCUCUCUUGAGGACAUUCCAAAAACUCACUGUGUCCUUUUUCUAUGAAAUCGCAUGAAUGCAAUAAGACAGUCUUUGUCUCUGUAUCUUUACUGGUUCACAUACACUUUACUAGAUAAGCAGUAACUCUGAAGUUAAUUAGCUGUUCAUUCUGUUUCUAAAAAUCAUUGUUCACUAAGAAAUACGUGUUUAAAUAAGUGAAAUAGGAAGUUGCUUGAAGUACUGAUUUAUGCACCGACUGUAUGUUUACAGUUUAUCUUCUAAUUAUGUACUGUUAAAGGGUUGAAUUAACAACAUAGUGUGUACUUAAUGUAUACUGAAGCAUUCCAUAUAUUGGGUUUGGGUACAGAAGGAUAUAACUAGAUAUUUUUAAGGUUAUUUCCAGCGUUUGGGAAGCUUCUGUCAGAGCAAAUAAAAACUUACAGAGCAGAUUAAGCAGUACAGCCCAUAAACUGACUUACGUAGUGGCUCUUUAAAGUGACUGCAGUAGCUUCAGAUGUGUUAUUUUCAUUAAAAGUCAACGGCGCUGCUGAUCUAAGAAGAAAGAAGUGUGCUGCUCUCACGGUUUCUGCAACUUUUCCUCAUAUCUCUGCAGUGAAACUGGACAGUGAUGGAGCUUGUAGUUUUGUCGUCAGCCUGCCAUGAACGAUGCUUCUGUCUAUACAAAAUAAAUUAUUGAUUUGAUUGAAA